UCGCAGGCAUUUCGGAUUCAAGCAUCGCGUCUUCUUCCUAUGACUUUCCACCACCGCACAGACAGCAUUAUCACACGACACCAUCAAAUUCCGAUUCACCAACCCUUCCAAUCAUACCGCACGAGUAUUUCGAGGCGAUCUCUCGGAAACCAUGAUAUGACAGCACUCCGAUGUUGAUCGAUUUCAACCGCGCCAAUGUCUGCGCCGUCCAUUCGCGGUCAACGCGGUGGCAAUUCGACGAGGGUCGGACGAGCAACUCAGUCAAUACCUCCUCGCGGUCGCGGUGGACCUCGCGGUCAGCCCAAGUCAGCACCAGCAGGACGGGGAAGAGGGAGAGGCGGACCGAGCGCCACGGCCUCUGCAACUAGUGGUGAUGGACUGUUACAAAGACUGAGAGCGGGAACGGUCAAGAGAGGGUCUGACAAUGGCACCACGACUCCGACAAGAGGUCGGGGAGGGUCAAGCUCGGCGCCUUUCACACCAAAUGUUCGAGGACGGGGACGUGGACGCGGGUUCUUGUCGCAAACAUUCAACACACCGAGAUCUCAAGAUUCGACACCAUCAGGUUCACGAACGUCUUCGCCUGCGCCUGCGCCUGCGCCUACAAACCAUCGCGAUUUCAUGAACACUGCCUACGCCAGAUACCAAGAGGUGCGUGCCGGUCCUACCCCUGCCUCAAGCUGACUGCGACUUGGUCUGUAGGGUGUCUAACGUGCGAAUUCCACAUAUAGCUGAAGACAAAACGAGAAGAUGAACGUACAAAGGCCAUUCGUGAUGGAUUCCUCGCGGAUCCCGAGAAGAAGACAAGCUUGGACAAAGCCAUUACACCGGUCGGCACAUGUACAGUGAUGUGUCCCGAAUUUGAAAGAGUGGAGCGCAUUGUGCAGAACAUGGUUGAUAAAGCGGAGAAGGUUCGAAAUGACGAUACCGGCAAAGACAUUCCUUCCGAGGAGCGCAUGGUCAAGCGAUUUCGACGAUCUGCUGCUGGAUACGAUGAGCAACUGCCCUCCGAUAUAAGAACCCCGGCGACACUGAAGAGGACGCUGGAUUACCUGCUCGAUAAGGUCAUUGGUGGAGACGAAAGACUUGCGACCAUCCACAAAUUCGUCUGGGAUCGCACACGAGGCAUUCGGAAUGACUUCUCCAUCCAGCAGGUCACGAAUAUCGAAGAUGUCAAGGUUGCUGUCGAAUGCUACGAACGAAUUGCCCGAUUCCACAUCCUCUCCCUUCACCAACUGUCGAAUCCGGAUAAUCUUUGGGAUGGCGAGAAUUUUGAUGCCCAUCAGGAGCGAGAGCAACUCAACAACACUCUCCUUUCGCUGCUGUACUACUACGACGACAAUCGAGAGCGCGUCGACUUUCCAAACGAGGCCGAGUUCAGAGCCUACUGCAUCAUCUUCGAAUUCCAGUCACAGCAUCCGGACCUGGAAGACCGCAUGCAGGCCUGGCCGAGCAAUCUGCUCAAGGAUAUGAGAGUACAAACAGCGCUCAAACUCUACCAAGCUGGCGGUAAUUCCAUUUUCGACCAGGGUCCCCUGCGGCCAAUGGAGCCUUUCGCCAUUGCUCAGAGCAACACGGGCAGCUUUUGGCACGUUCUAUCCUCCAAGGCCGUGCCAUAUAUCAUGGCGUGUGUGGCGGAGAUAUACUUUGCCCAUGUCCGAUUUGCGGCUCUGGAUGCUCUGUGGAGAUCAUGCAAAAGUGCCCCUGCAGCUCAACAAGCAAAGUCCAGGGACUGGAGUUUGAGUGAAGUCACCGCCUUCCUGGGCUUCGACACGGAAGAAGAGACCAAAGAAUUCUGCGCUGCAUUUGAGCUGUAUUUUGCCAAGGAUGAAUACGGAGACGACUACCUCGAUGCUACGGCGAAUGCUGCUCACUAUCUCGAUCAAUCUCUAAUACCGAAUCGACAAUCGUUCUCGCAUACAUAUGUCGAGAAGAAGCGAUACCGCCGAACGCUCACCUCUGUCAUCAACGGGGCGACUGUCGCUGAAGCAAUCCGAGAGGGAUGGGUCGAGUCUGCAGACGAAGAAUCAGACAGCCAACAAAAUGAAGUCAAGGACGAUGAUCAGAGCAUGUUUGUGCCUCAAGACCGACCACAAUCUGGGAACUCCUCGAUCUUCGGCUCCCCAAUGAACCCGGAAGCCUCGACGUUCACGCCAAAGUUUGGACAGAGCCCUGGCACUGGCAAAGCGGCGGAGAAAUCGGCAUUUGGCCAACCGACAUCGACAUCGACAUCGACGUUUGGACAGCCAUCUCCUGGGUUUGGCGGAUCAGGAUUUGGUAGCUCCGGGUUUGGUAGCUUUGGGUCAUUGCCGGUUCCUGCGGAUUCGCCGUUUGGCAAGCCUGCUUCAAGUCAGCAGCAGCAAGCGCAGAAAGAAACGCCGUUCGGUUUUGGACGCUUCGGUGUCUCUAGUGCAGCAACGGAGAAUGAAGCAGAGGCCCCCCAUACUCAGAAAUCUGCCCUACCUGUCGCUCAAGCUGCCCAACCUACAUUUCCAGGCUUCGGUUUCGGAAAGCCAACUUCAACACCUGUAGAGAUAUCAGCUCCUCCGACAGCAACGCCAGUAUCAACGACAUCGACGAUUCCGCCAGUCUUUGGGCAGAAACCGCUUCCCCCGACAGGGUUUGCUGCGGCUGCUGGACGGCCUGAAGAUUCCACGAAGAGUCCUUCAGCACCAUCGUUUCAAUUUCCGAGCUUCUCUCAACCCUCUACGCAACCUGCAAAACCAUCGGAGCAGGCACCUCAGGCACAAGCGUCUGCAAAUCCACCGACUUCCUCAUUUCCUGCGUCUGCACCGGCAUUCACUUUUUCGACACAAUCAUCACAGCAGCCUACCACACCCUCACAACAACAAACACCUCUGCCAUCAUUCACCGCUUCCACAGGUGGAUUCUCCUCCGCACCAACAUCAACUCCUGCGGCUUUAUCAUCGACAUCGACCAUCUUCCCGCCUCAGCCGCCUAGUGCAGCUGAGGAUAAACCGAAAGUACCUUCAGAAGGAUUCAAAUUUCCUCCUUUCCAACCUUCGACAACUCCCUCCUCCACUCAACUGACCCCCAAACCAGAACUAUUUCCAUCAAAAUUACCCUCUACGACACAGUCUCUAUCACUACCACCUGCCACGCAGCCAUCUCAACAGAGUCCAAGUCCACUUCACUCUCCACCUCCACCUCCUACUAAACCAGCCUUCACCACCGAAGACCGUGAGCGACUAGCACGGGAUGUUGCCAGCAUUGCCCUUACAAGACAAGAUGGACUGAUCAGGAAAUACAUUGAAUACACAAUUCCAGAUCUCGUCCGGACCGCGCUCAAUCAACACCGCCUAGAGGUCCAUGACGCGGCUGUCGCUUCCAUCCGUGAACGGAUUCUAGCACGAAAAUUUGGCCUCAUUUGGCGCUCACGAGCGUGGAAGAACAAUCUCAACCGCCGAGCUAGGAUUCGACGAAAACUCAUCGCAGAAACGAUGAGGGCUGAACAAUCCAAGAAGAAAAGAAGUGAGGAAGAGCUGCAAGAGAUUUUGCUGGCUGCUCAAGAAACAAAGCGCCUUCGACAGGAAGUUCAAAAGGCAGCUGAGGCAAAGCAACUGAAAGAAAAACAAGAUGAAUUCGCCAUCAGUCAGAUUGUUGGUCGGAAGAGAAAGAGUUUCUCUGAACAGAAUAUGAAAGAGAGCGUCAUGACAACGAAUGGCACUCCUCGAUUGUCUGGGCAUAAGCGAUCAAAGACGAUGAGCACUUCUUCCGAACCGUCUAGUUCUGUUAUGGGUGGCAGGCCACCAGUUCCAAGUUUUCGAGCAUCAACGACACGAGCACCACAUGUUUCCAUAUUCUCUGGUAAGGCUGUGAUGGGUCGCUCCACGAGCACUCAAGAUCUGCGAAAGUCCACUGUGGAGCAGAAGACAGAUAAUACUCAUACCGACUAUUUCCGUCUCAAGGCGCUGGGGCUGGAUCCAGACACACCGAUUGUGCCUGAUACCAAGGAGACACUGGCGCUUCGGAAGCGACGAGAAGAGGAUGAAAGACGAAGUGUUAUGGCAAGAGCAAGGAAACGACCAGGAAUGCCUACAUCAUCAGUCCAGAGUUCUCCGACCGCUCUCUCACCAUUGCCCGUGGAGCAGAAGCCUGCCGCGUCAAUCUCUCCAAUUGAAGAAACACCACGCCAAACGCCAACGAAACGUCCUGUGGAGGACGACUUCCUCCGACAAAUCCGAGAAGCACGUGAAGCUAUGAAAGAGCAAGAGGAAUGGUUUAAACAGCAGGCCGGUGAACUCGAGAAAGAAAUCGAGCACGAAGAGGAGUUCAGACGAAGUCAGAGUAGUCGUCGGGAAAGCCUUACUCCAUCAGCGGCUGGCCUGGCUAGGGCUAACGGGUAUGAGUACCUGCCCGCCGAGACGAAGUCCGAGUUCAGCAUGUCGAGGACAGAGCGGCGCAUCAGACAGACUGGCGCUCAUGGGUUGGCUACUAAGCCUCUGCGCCCUAGUUCCGAGUAUGUUCCCGUGGCCAUGUCGAAGAGAAGUGCCCUGCGAUACAGCGGUGGCGAAAGCCAGACCAGCAGUCCGGCCCGAAAGCGGUCGCAUGAUGACGUGGAUGUCGAUUCAGCACUUGACGAUGAGAGGUAUCGCGUCAAUAGGACGGGGUAUGCGGUGAAACGACCAAAGUCAGCGCAGCAGGUUGCUGCACCGCAAAGCUCGAAAGUGGUACCUAGACAGGUGGCACAGAAUCCAUAUGAACUAUUGCAAGGUGUUGAGCAGGAUGAAGAUGAUGCGGAAGUGGAAGAUGAGGAUGAAGAAGAAGCAAUCUACGACGAGGACGAGCCGAGUGGACAAUAUUACUCUGGGGAUUACGUCAAUGGCGAUGGUGAUGGCGAUGGAGAGGAGCUCGAAGAGGACGAGGAAGACGAGUCGGAGCGUGAGAGAGAAGGAUAUGAAGAUGAAUACGACGAAGAUGGAGACGGAGACGGAGACGGAGAAGAGGAAGGGGGCUAUGACUACGAUGAUGGUAGUAGUUAUGAGUAUCCGGAUGAAGGAGAGACGCCAUUGACGAAUCCGGAAAUGAGUCGAGCGGCGAGCAGUGCGCCUGGAGGAAGUGCUGAUGAUGCGUUGGUGCUGAGUGAUAGUGACUGAUCAGCAGCGCAAUGACAAUCAACAAUCGGCGACCAACAAUUGCCAAGUGAGCACAUAGAGACAGAGAGCUGUCAAGCCAAGGCAAGACAGGAGUCGAGUGCAAAUAAUUGUGGGAUGUACCUUGAUGGACAUCAGAUAGACACCGGGAUCUAGUUGCGAGGAAGCAGAGUAAGACUAGCCAUACCAUACGGAGUGUUGGUAUGGCAGGGAAUAGCAAUGAAUCAUGAUUGUUGCCAU